AUGAAAGUGGCCAAGGAACAUUUGCACGAUGGAAGAAAAAUGACUCUCGAACCCCAAACUUUCCUCGUUAUUAGUAUUUCCAAAGCACUCGUUAUGCGCAUUUUGUCUCGCUCCUUAUUCUUUGCCAUGGUCCUUGCCUCCUUUCAUUUCUUGGUUUAUUCCAGGACGAGUUCUGUUCCCAGUUCCGAGCCCGUUGCAUAUGGCUCUCUCGAUGCGGAACUACUGAAUUUGAUGCUCAAUGAUUUCUCCAAUGAGGGUCUCCUCAAAGAUAACGACAUGGCACUCCUUUACAACUCUCCUGUUCCCAAUGACUUUGACAAUAAGAUUCAUGUUCUCAUGGACUCUGAUUCGGAGAGAAAGAGGUUGCUCGCAGAGGAAUCUUACGAUUUUGUGUUCACGUACGAUGCUAUUGAUGCCGAGUUUAUUGACCGCAUUCUGAAAAUCGACGGCAUUGUAGCUUUUCCCUUGGAGGCACCGUCAAAUUCUGCUUUCAAAGAACAGAGUAAUUACAAAGUUGUUGACAUUAAGCAACAUGAUUUUGUUAUUGUUGUGUUGAAGAAAACUGGGCCAGCUGUUAGGUUGGUAGAUUUUGACUCUUUCUCUAAGAGGAAGCUUUUGGCGGCAGAGACAAAGGCCGGGAACAAGAUAGUUGCAUUGGAGGGUCUCGAAGAUGUCCAUUUGGAGCCUCCGAAAAAAUCUUUAGUUAAAUCAAGAAAGUACUUGAACAAUAUAAGGUAUCUACCUGACUUGGUGGGUGAUUCUCUUGAAGGGUACAAUCGGAGAGUGUUCAUUAGUGUAGGCUUGCAUGAGGAGGUCAAGAGUGCAAUGGAAUGGUUCGAAAAGCACUACCCCAAGAAGAAUAAAAAGUUUGAGACUCACAGCCUCGUGGCUGAGUCUGAUGACCUUUUUGAUGUUUCUACUUGGUUAUCUAACAAUGUGAAAGAGGAAGAGUAUGUGGUGAUGAAGGCAGAAGCAGAGGUUAUUGAGGAGAUGAUGAAGAAGAAGACAAUAGGUUUGGUGGAUGAACUCUUCUUAGAGUGUAAGAACAAUUGGUGGCAGAUGGGGGUAGUAACGAAGAAGAAGAGGAAUAUAAGAGCUUAUUGGGAAUGUUUGGCUUUGUAUGGAAGGGUAAGGGAUGAAGGAGUUGCGGUGCACCAAUGGUGGGGUUAUUGA